UCUUAUUUAUUUUUCGAUAGUUUGGUAUUUUUAGAUUACGGUUACCUUUCUGUGUUAUGUAACCGAGUUACACAUUUACUUUCGCUCUACACCGAUUUAGCCCGAAACGUCCCCUCCCACAUUGCCGUUAGCUAUCGCUCUUGUUUGCUAUAAAAUCGCGAACGAAUCAGUAUUAAAGCAUCAGUUAUCUAGCUGUUUCAAACAAGUCACCUACUCCUCCAAGAUGAAGUUCUUCGUCCUCAUUGCCCUCUUUGCUGUUGCUGCUGCCAAUUCCUAUGAUGCUCCUAAAUACGAGGCUCCUAAAUACGAAACCCCAAAGUACGAGGCCCCUAAAUACGAAACCCCAAAGUACGAGGCUCCUAAAUACGAAGCCCCAAAGUACGAGGCUCCUAAAUACGAAACCCCAAAGUACGAGGCUCCUAAAUACGAAACCCCAAAGUACGAGGCCCCUAAAUACGAAACCCCAAAGUACGAGGCCCCUAAAUACGAAACUCCAAAGUACGAGGCUCCUAAAUACGAAGCCCCAAAGUACGAAGCCCCAAAGUACGAGGCCCCUAAAUACGAAGCCCCAAAGUACGAGGCCCCUAAAUACGAAGCCCCAAAGUACGAAGCCCCAAAGUACGAGGCCCCUAAAUACGAAGCCCCAAAGUACGAGGCUCCUAAAUACGAGGCUCCCAAAUACGAGGCCCCUAAAUACGAAGAAGUCACAUACGCCGCUCAACCCUACAGCUUCGGAUACGAUGUCCAGGAUAAAGAAUCUUACAAUGACUUUGAGCAUAACGAGAAAUCUGAAUACAACGUUGUCACCGGAUCUUACCGUGUGGUUCUCCCCGACAGCCGCGUCCAGAUCGUCACCUACAAGGCUGACGCCAACGGAUACACCGCUGACGUGAAAUACGAAGGUGAAGCCAAGUACCCCGAAUACGUGGAGCCCCAAUCCAAAGCUUCUGCUUCCUACGCCGCUCCUGCCUACCAGGCUCCCGAAUACCAGAAACCGGCCUACGUCGCUCCCGCCUACACUACUCCAGCCUAUACUACACCUGCCUAUACUACCCCUGCCUAUACUACCCCUGCCUACAAAGAGCCAGAGUACACUACUCCAGCCUACACUACUCCAGCAUACAGCACUCCAUCCUACAGCACUAAGGUCUACAAAACUCCAGCGUACAAAACUCCCACUGCCUCCCCUAAAUACUAAUUUCCAACAAUACCAUUGUCUUAAUUCUGGGAUUAUUAUUUAAAAAAUAAACUCGUCAAACAAUUUCA